AGUGAAUAUCUCUAGAAGUGACGAUAAUUUCUUUCUAACAGACGUAACUAAUCUAUUGUUAAAACUACUUUAUCGAGUUUACAUGAUUAGUCAGUGCUGACCAACGCAUGGCCUUUUUCAAUCAUGGUCACCAAAAGUGAGAAGAGAAAACGUCCUGUUGUUGAGAAUGUUGAACCAAUAUCUAAUGAUUAUGAUUUAUGGGAUAAAAAUGUGAAUGAAAUAGAUGACUCUGCUGACUUGAGUGAUGGUUCAAGUGGUAGUGAAGAAAGUGUUUAUUCUGGUCUAGAAGAAGAAACUUCAUCUGAGGAAGGAUCUGAUAAAGAUGAACAUAUUUUCAACGAGAGCAACAAAGACAAUAGUGAUGAUGAUGAUGAGGAGGAAAUAGGUGCUUUUGAGAAUGUCAGCAGCGAGGAGGAUGUUGCUGAUGUUGAGGAAAAGGCUACUUCCAGAGUCAAUAGUAGUAAUACUGAAGAUGGAAUAAAUGUCAAAGAAAUUCAGCCAAACACUAGUGAUGCAGGAAAGAGUAAAACGUUUGUUAAAAACCAGCCAACUUCCAAGGACCACUCCAAUAAAAUAUCAGACAAUAUUAGGAAGCAAGAAAAUAAAGAAAACACUGUUGUUUCACAAUUAUUAGAUUCUUCUGCAGCUGUUGAUGAAUAUGAUGAAGAUUCUUCUGAUGAAGAGGAUAUUCGUAACACAGUGGGCAACAUUCCUAUGCAGUGGUAUGAUGACUAUGAACAUAUAGGCUAUAAUCUAGAUGGACACAAGAUUAAGAAACCUGUUCAUGGAGAUGAGCUUGAUAAUUUCCUUGAAAAAUUGGAUGACCCCAAUUAUUGGAGAACUGUGAGUAAUAAACUAACUGGUCAGAAAGUUGUUCUUAGUGAUGCUGACAUAGGAAUUAUCAAAAGAUUACAGCGAGGCAAACACCCCAACAAAGAAGUGGAUCCUUUUGCUCCUUGGAUUGAUUUCUUCACUUAUAAAACUAUAAAGCAUCCUGUUACUAAUAGACCACCAGACAAACGCAGUUUUAUUCCUUCCAAAUGGGAAAGACUCAAAGUGGGGCAGAUGGUACAUGCUAUCAAAAUGGGUUGGCUAAAGCCUAAGCCACCUCGGAAAGAUCCAGAUGAUGAGGAAUUAAAUCGAACAUUUUACAUGAUGUGGAAGGACAAUGAAGAACAAGAGCUAAACAAACGUUUCAGACAUCACAUUGCUGCCCCCAAGCUGGCAUUACCUGGUCAUGCAGAGUCUUAUAAUCCACCUCCUGAAUAUAUCUUAACACCAGAGGAAGAGGAAGCAUGGAGAGCUAAGGAACCAUAUGAAAGGCGAAUGAAGUUUCUUCCUCAGAAGUAUACUUCACUGCGUUUGUUACCUGGUUACUCUAGAUUUAUUGAAGAACGGUUUGAAAGAUGCCUUGAUCUCUAUUUGUGUCCCAGGAAGAAGGUUAUGAAGGUGAAAGAUUUGGAUCCACAAGAUCUUCUACCAACUUUACCAAAACCCAAAGAUUUACAGCCUUUUCCUACUGUUCAGUCGGUGGUUUACAAAGGCCACAAGAAUAUGGUACGAUGUAUAUCUGUUCAUCCAAAAGGACAGUGGCUGGCAUCUGGUUCUGAUGAUUGCACUAUCAAAAUUUGGGAAGUAUCAACAGGCCGCUGCUUCAAGACAAUUUCUGUUGAAGGCACAGUUAAGAGUAUUGCUUGGAACCCAAACCCAUCACUAUGUCUUUUAGUUGCUGUUGUUAACUGGUCUGUGGUUAUUCUUAAUCCCGGUGUUGUAGAUAAACUUAUUGUAUCUGGCACAGAUGAGCUGUUAAAAUCUUUUGUUACCACAGAAACAAUCACUGAAGAUGCAGAAAAUGUAGAAAAAAACACUAAGCUUGUUAUGUGGGAAUCAUUUGAAGGUAAAAUGUAUGAUGCUGGACUUCGACUGAAAAUUAUUCAUCCACAGGAAGUAAACCAUGUGUCAUGGCAUGCCAAAGGUGACUAUUUUACAUCUGUGAUGCCAUCAGCCCAUAGCAUGGCUGUUUUAAUUCAUCAGUUGACAAAAAGAAGGUCACAGAAUCCAUUUUCAAAGUCAAAAGGCAUAGUCCAGCGUGUACUUUUCCAUCCUGUAAAACCCCUGUUAUUUGUUGCAACUCAACGCUAUGUGAGGAUAUAUAACCUGUUGAAACAAGAAAUGGUGAAGAAACUGAUGACCAAUGUUAAGUGGGUCUCUAGUAUUGCACUUCAUCCAGGAGGUGAUAAUCUUAUUAUUGGCAGUUAUGACUGUCACUUGAGUUGGUUUGAUUUAGAUUUAUCAACAAAACCCUACAAAACACUCAGACAUCACAAAAAAGCAAUUCGUCAAGUCUGCUACCAUAACACAUAUCCACUAUUUGCAUCAGCAUCAGAUGAUUGCUCUCUCAUUGUCUGCCAUGGAAGAGUUUAUAAUGAUCUUCUACAGAAUCCACUUCUUGUACCUGUUAAAGUUCUACAUGGUCAUGACUCAGUGAAUGGCCUUGGAGUAUUGGACUGCCAGUUCCACCCAACGCAACCCUGGCUCUUUUCUUCAGGUGCCGAUGGCUACAUUCGUUUGUACACUUAAAGAGAAUUACUUUCUACAUAGAUAUAUUUUUCAUCUUUACACUUAUGCAGCAAUCUCCAUAAUAAAACUACUCAUAACACCCUAAAUAA